AUCUUAUAACCCUUUUUAAAUCGAUGCCUUAAAUCAAUAAUUUCAUUGAUACUUGAGUAACUCUAACGAUAGUAAGGCAGUCAAUAUCAUCGAUCCUAUUGAUAGUGUUGCAGUGAGUGAUACUAUUGAUACCUAAUACUGUACUAUUGUGAUAAUGGAAGACAUAAAAGAUGAUGCUAUACAUCACACAGCUAUGAAACUUGCAGAAGAAAUUAAAAAUCUUUCAAUUUAUAAAUCAUUUUAUAGCGAUGUACAAAAACUGGUUUCUUCCCCAAAUGUUAAAAAGGAAGACUUCAAGCAAACGUUACAACAAGCUAUGAAAGAAAAAGGCUUGGACACAAAACUAAGAAAUACAGUUUUUCAUUGGGUUAGAACACAGAACAAAAAUAAAUUAGAUCCCCUUACUUCGUUGUCAAAAGCCAGUGCUCAAUGGGAGAAAAGGAUUCAUAAAUCUUUAAAUUCGAUGUGUUCCGAUUUAGAAACUUCAUUAGCAAAAAUUCGACCGCAGACCGAACAAGAAGAGCUGGCAGAAAAGUGGAAUGAACUCAGCACUUAUAGCUUAGAUUUAUCGAAAUAUAGACCAGUGUACGCACCAAAAGACUUUUUAGAUGUUUUACUUACGUUGUCAGGAUAUGUGCCAUUUACGAGAGAGGAUGAACCUAAAUGGGAAUAUGCGCAUCUACCUCUUCAAGUAAAAAAUUUGGACCAAUUGCGAAAAACAUAUGCGGAAUGGACAAACGGUGAACCAUUACUAGGCGUCAAUCCAAACAUGCCAAGUACGGUACCAGGGUUCACUACCUUAGAAGCAGAGCGAAUAGGGCUCGGUGAGAGAGUAGCUGCAUUGGGAUACGCACCGGUCAUACAGGAGUAUUUAAAGAAAGGCAGCCCACAAUGCUUGAGAGCUAGACUUUGGUCACAAGUUUUAGGAGCCGAAGUAAAACAGCAGCAAAUAACCUAUUUCAACCAACUCAAGAAAAGCGUCCUGGAAGUGGAUUUGAUGAUCGAUAAGCUGAUAUUCAAAGAUGUGCAGCUGACGGCAUCCAACGACGAUCAAUACUUCGUUUUCGAAGAUUUACUAUAUCAGGUAAUGCUGUGCUUUUCACGAGACUCUGAAGUGUUGAGCGCCAUUAGAUCGCUCGCGGGCGCAGCCCUUACUGUGGCAGUGAAGGGCCGUCACGGAUCAGACUGCCUUACUGCAUUCCCACCUAGCGGGGUCAUACCAUUUCACGGGUUCACUAUGUAUGCGACUCCAUUUUGUUAUUUGUUCGACGAGCCCGUACAGUUGUAUUAUAUUUUUCGGGCUUUCUACAUGCGUUAUUGGCAUCGAUUGCAUUAUAUUUCAACACAUCCACAGGGUAUUGUAUCAUUGUGUCUUCUCUACGAGAGAUUGCUCGAAGCCAAUGAGCCACUACUUUGGAUACAUUUCAGAAAUAUCAACAUAAAUCCCAUUCGUGUGGUGUUCAAAUGGCUUAUGCGAGCAUUCAGCGGCCACCUACCGCCGGACCAACUCUUACUCCUUUGGGACGCUAUCCUCGGCUACGAUUGCCUAGAAAUUCUUCCACUUCUAGCGCUUGCAAUACUUAGUUUUAGAAAAGAGAACAUUUUUCAAGUUAACACUUUACAAAAUGUUGACGCCGUUUUGGCGGAUUUGUCUACGAUUUCUGUUAUACCAUUGUUACAGUUGGCAUUGAUGAAACCUUGAAUAAGUUAUCGAAUAAAAGCACUAAUUUUAUUAAUAUUUUUUAAAAUAUUGAUCUUGUAGAUGCAUUUUUAACACAACUUUUGCAAACAACAGCUUUUAAAGACGGACAAGAACUUCUCGUCACAAAACUUGAACCUGCGCAGUAUUUAGCUGUCAUAUAAAUAGGUAGUAAAAUACAAAAAACUCAAAUGCGUGUUCAUGUUUUUAGAAAACAUAUUGAAGCCACUUGCAAAAAUGGUAAUCAACCUCGAAUUCAAACUUCCAAACCAAUUUGUUUUUUUUAUUUAGGAGAUUAAUAUUUAUAUUAUUUACAUAAUGUUAUUGAGUUUUA